AAAUAUAAAGUGCUUCCAGAAUUCGAACCUUAUUCGUUUCUGAAGAUCAUGUACGGCGACAAGGUUAUCGAGCACGGCGAAGAGAUGAUGCCCCACGAGCUCGUUAAUCCGCCUCACAUUUGGUUCCCAGCGCCCAAUAUGGACGCUCACUACACGCUGGUAUUGGUAAGCAACUUGCCCUCGUCUUACCCCGCACAACACUGGAUUGUCGCCAAUAUCGAAGGUAACUCUAUCAAUAAUUACACGCCUUAUCACGGACCCACUCCGCCAUUGAACAGCGGCAAGCAUCGCUAUGUGUUUGCGCUGUACGAACAAAGCGCAGUGAACCAGACGACUGUGCCGGUGCUGGAGGACACGGUGCAUCAUCGUGCCUACUUUGACAUUGGAAAGUUCAGCCAGGACAACAGCCUCAAGCUUGUGGCUGCAACGUACAUGCGGGCUGAGCAUGAAGACGGCUAUGAAGGUAAAUACAAUUUAUGUAAGCCUGUUCCGCGGAACUCUUUCUGA